AGUUUAAGCUCUGCAUAGAUGACAUUCUUCGUGGGAUAGAAAAUAUGGGGCCAAUCGUAUAUAGUAAUGAGGCUAUACAUUGCGAGACUUUCAACAAUCCUUCAUACUGCCGUCAGCAUCCUCAGAAGAUUGGUAAUCUUGCCUCAGAUAAAUGUAUCUGGUGA